AUGCCAGAUCUUUUCGACAACUUCUUUGGUAAAAUCUCUGCCAAAUUGAACGGCGGCAAAACCACUCCCUUCUACGGCGGCUCGUCGCAGGUAAACACAGGCCCCUUCUAUAGCUACCACAUGAACGGCACCAAUAACAAGUAUUGGAUGACUGAUGCGGAAAUGGCAGAGUCGCGGAAGACGGCCCAACAGUGGCAGAAGUUUAGUGAGUCCAAGGCCAGAAUGGGGUCGGUGGGCUCUAUGGACUCACAGGAAACGGACGGUGACCAGUCCCGCAAAAAUAGCGUGGUGGGGCCCUGA